UCAGAUAUAUAGCUAAUUCUACAUUAGAUAUAAAUGAAAUAGUUUAGUUUUCCGAAAACGGGAAGAUGAAAUCUGACGGUGGCGCACGAAAGUGGAAGAAGAAGGAAAGAAGAAAAGUGGAUAAGAAGAUGAUUCUCAGAGGAUUUCUAGCGCCAAGUAUUGAUCAAAAUUGUCUCCCUCCUCUGCAGAGCCCGAAGCUGUGAAAGUAGGGGGAAAUCCAAGCAGAGAGAGGCCGAGAGGGGAACUCGCAAAGUGAGAAGCCGAGGAGAGAAGGUUGCUAUGAGCUCCAAGAGUUUCGUUGCUGUUAUAAAAUUCAAUCACCUGCAACAAUGGCCAAACUAACAUACAUAUAAUCGUCAGUCAACGAUUAAAAAAAUCAAAACGUGGUUCGCAAGGCGUAAACUUAGUGAUCAAGGAAUCAAAUCACUAUAAAAUUCCAGCAUCUUCGUCUUCAACCUCACAACUCUUGAAACAUCAAGUAGCCAAGCAACCUGCAAAAGUUUCAAGACAAGUUACAACGAUGGCUUCUCCUACUCUUCUUGGUCCACCAGAGCUUCAAAACCCAAUCCCUAAUUCAUCAUCUACCGUCGAUGGCGAUUCAUUCAUGAAUCUAACGGUGGCAAAUUUCAACCAAACAAAGGUGUCUCCCCCACCACCUGCAAUAGGUUUUACAGAGAAUUCAUCUCCUACAUUUCUUAGCUCCGGAAACCCAUGUCUCGAUUUCUUCUUCCAUGUCGUACCCAGUACACCACCUGAAUCCCUAACCCAAAGGCUCCAACUGGCCUGGGCUCAUAACCCUUUGACCACCCUCAAGCUAAUAUGUAAUCUCAGAGGAGUUCGUGGUACUGGAAAAUCUGAUAAAGAGAGCUUCUACACCGCCGCUUGGCUCCACUGCCUCCAUCCCAAAACCCUAGCCUGCAACCUCGAUUCUUUCGCUAAUUUCGGCUACUUCAAGGACUUGCCUGAGAUCCUUUACCGCCUUCUGCAAGGACCCGAUGUAAGGCGGGUCCAGAAAGCUGAGUGGAUGCAGAGGAAAAAGGGUCCAAGGAGGUGUCGAAGGCGGGUGGGAGUAUUUCCUUUCAAAGGUAAGAAAAGGAAAGGAAAAAGAGAGAAGAAGCCCGCCAUUACUAGAGACGCUAGAAUACAGAGAGCUAAACAAAGGGACGCCAUGGAGAAAGAGAAAGCCAGCUCCCUAAGGAAAGAGAAGAGACUUGCCAUGGCUAAAAAUGUCAUUGAGAGAUACUCGCAUGACCCUGAUUUCAGAUUCUUGUACGAUCGCGUCUCGGAUCUUUUCGCCGAAUAUCUCAAAUCCGAUUUGCAAUUCUUGGAUUCCGGCGAGGUCAAUAGAGUGAGCCUUGCCGCUAAGUGGUGCCCUUCCGUUGACUCCUCGUUUGAUCGGUCAACGUUGAUCUGCGAGAGCAUCGCCAAGAAAGUAUUCCCUCGCGAAUCCUACCUCGAAUACCAAAUGAUCGAAGAGGCACAUUACGCGUACAGAGUUCGCGAUCGGUUGAGGAAACAAGUGCUGGUUCCUCUUCGAAAAGCGCUGGAGCUGCCCGAGGUGUACAUAGGAGCAAACAAAUGGAGUUCAAUUCCGUACAACAGAGUAGCCUCUGUAGCCAUGAAGUUUUACAAGGAAAAGUUCUUGAAGCAUGACGGCGAGCGGUUCUCCCAGUACCUCCAAGAUGUGAAAAGUGGAAAAGCAAAGAUAGCAGCUGGUGCUUUGUUACCACACGAAAUAAUUGCAGGCUUGGACGAUGACGACGGGGGACAAGUAGCAGAGCUUCAAUGGAGGAGAAUGGUGGAUGACCUGCUGAAGAAAGGAAAGUUGAGUGACUGCAUUGCAGUAUCCGACGUGUCGGGUAGCAUGUCGGGGACGCCAAUGGAGGUUUCAGUAGCACUAGGGUUGUUGAUAUCGGAGUUGAGUCAGGAGCCAUGGAAGGGAAGGUUGAUUACUUUCAGCGCAAACCCAAAGCUGCAGGUGGUGGAAGGAGACAAUCUCUUAUCAAAAACCCUGUGGAUAAGGAGGAUGGAGUGGGGCAUGAACACUGAUUUCCAAAAGGUGUUCGAUCUAAUCCUGCAAGUUGCAGAGAAUGGGAAGUUGAAGCCGGAGAAGAUGAUAAAGAGAGUGUUCGUGUUCAGCGACAUGGAGUUUGACAAGGCAUCAGCGAAUAGUUGGGAGACGGAUUACCAGGCCAUAGUAAGGAAGUACAGGGAGAAAGGGUAUGGCGAUGUGGUGCCGGAAAUAGUGUUUUGGAACUUGAGGGAUUCAAAGGCAACACCGGUGCCGGCAUCGGAGAAAGGAGUGGCGCUGGUUAGUGGGUUUUCCAAGAACUUGAUAAAGGUGUUUCUGGAUGUUGAUGGCAAAAUGGAUCCAGAGAUUUUCAUGGAAACUGCCAUCUCUGGACCUGAAUACAGCAAGCUUGUCGUGCUUGAUUAGUUGAAAGCAUCUUACACUUCUGUGUGUGUGAAGUUAUUUUGUUUUAAACAUGAAGAAGAUAAACAGUUUACGUAA